UCCAGCCAUUAUGAGACUAACUCAAUUCACAGGCCACGCGCAUUUCAGUGGUUUGAGAGUCCAACAUACAACAACAAAGGAAACGCCAUGGAAUUGAAUACAUUUUUCUUCAAUCCAAAGGAGGGAGUAGACAAUCCAGCCAUGGUCAUUUCUGAAGAUGCAGUGAAGAUUAGUGGCCCCUUGCCCCGGGUGUGUGUGCUGAAAAGAGAGGAGGGAGAGCAUUUCGGCUUUCAUCUGCGCUUGGAGCAGGGACGUCCAGGUCAUGUGAUCAGGCAGGUGGAAUUAUUUGGGGUGGCCGAGAAGAGUGGACUGAGAGAUGGGGAUCGUCUCCUGGAGGUCAAUGAACAGUUUGUGGAUGACGUUGAACAUAUGGAGGUUGCCCGUAGGGUCUAUAUGAGUGGGCCUCAGUUGUGCCUCCUGUUGCUGAGAAGUGAAGAAUAUGAGCAGGCUGUGACUCAGGGCUGGAACCUGAAGGAACUGUGCAAAGCUCAGCGUGGUGAGGAGUGGACGCCUCCUCGUCUCUGCCAUGUCAUCAGAAACCCUACAAGCGGCCUAGGCUUUAGUAUCCAUCCCGUGGAGGGUGAAAAAGGGAAGUUCUCUAUAAGUCUAAUAACGGGAGGCCCUGCUGAGAAGGCAGGACUGAGAAAAGGAGACAGGCUGGUUUGGAUCAAUGGCGCCAUGGCUUGUGAACUCACGCAUUCUGCUAUUAACAAGAUGGUGAAAAAAUGCAAUGAUCACAUGACUGUGCUGGUGAUAGACAGCAAGAGUGAGAAAAGCUACAUCCGUAGGAAGAUGCCCAUUCUACCCGCUAUGGCUGAUGCCCAGAGCAUGCCAUACAAACCCAAAAGAGUACAUCUGGUCAAGGGACCAGAUGGCUAUGGCUUCCUGCUUAGGCAUGAAAAAACAUCAACAGGAUGCAAAGUUCAUAUGGUGCGGGAGGUUGACGCAGGCAGUCCUGUAGAAGUGGCAGAUAUUAAGGAUGGGGAGAUACUGUUGGAGGUGAAUGGGGAGUCUAUUGAUCAUCUCUCUCAUGAGGAAGUUGUCAGCAAAAUCAGAGACAGUGGACAGCAAGUCAGCUUCACCACUAUGACCCCAGAAGGCCAGAGUUUCUACACCAAGCUGGGUCUGCCUCCCCUGCUGUUCUGUGACGAUCAUUCCCCUGGGAAGGAGCAGCAAGAAAAAUCAACUCCGCAAGAAGAGAGUUCAGCAGUUCUGAAGCUCUUGGCGUCCUCCGUUGAAGCCCAGGAGGAGCUGGAAGUUGAGCCUAAACCAAGACUUUGUGUGCUACAGAGAAGCCCUGUGGGAUUCGGUUUCCAUUUGGGUUUGGUCCAACAGAAACCUGGCACGUUUAUCAACCAGGUGGCACCUGGAGGCCCUGGAGAAAGUUCUGGCCUCCUGCAGGGUGAUGUUCUGGUGGAGGUGAAUGGAGAGAAUGUAGAGGAGGAGUGUUUAGAAGAUGUGAUUUUACUCAUGAAAAAAGGAGGCAGCUCUCUGUCCUUGCUAGUGAUGGACAGACCAGGUUAUGAGUGGAUGAAAAAAAAUGGAAAGCCCAUCACCACUGAAAAAGUAGCAAAGGCCUCUGAGAAGGUACAGGACCAUGAGAGCUCAUCGCCCGCACAGCAGUCAGAUGCCAGUGAGUGAUGCAAGAUCCUUCCUGAGGAUUCUGGAAAUGCAUUUGGAUGUACGGAGCAACAAUGCUGGGAAAUGUAACAUCACUGGGGUGGAUGUUUAGAUGACGGUUGAUUCCCCAAAUAAAACUUGAUACUUUUUGUCGGAACAGUGCUUAUUACUUCUUUUCUCCUUUGCUGCUCUGAUUUUACGUAGUCUUUUAAA